GAAUGGCCGAGACUUCUACCGCAGUUCAUUAACUAGCGAGAUGGAGAAGGAAUCGGAUCUAGAAACACCCCCUACAUCCUAUCGGCCCAAUCCAUCUGCGAGGCAUCAAUCAGCGGACAUUGACAUCGAGAAGCAAUCCAUUGACCAGGGGCACAACAGCCAGCGACAGCAAAGCGACGAAGGCGAUCACGAAAAAGACGGCCAAGAAGAAGAACAGCGCGACCCCAAUCUUGUGACUUGGGACGGCGACGAUGACCCGGAGAAUCCUAUGAAUUUCAAACCAUCGCGCAAGUGGAGAAUUGCAGUCAUGUUUGGGCUCAUGACAUUCGUGGUUACUUUUGCCUCGAGUGUCUUCAGUUCUGCAACGAUGGUGACAUCCAUGCAGUUUGGCGUCAGCAGUGAAGUCAUGACUCUUGGUACCUCGUUAUUCGUGCUCGGCUUCGCCUUUGGUCCGAUUGUGUGGGGACCAUUCUCCGAGCUUUACGGACGGAAAGUACCACUCUUCGCCGGCUAUUUUAUCUUUGCGAUAUUCCAGAUACCUGUUGCAGUGGCCACAAACCUACAGACCAUUUUCAUAUGUCGAUUCUUCGGGGGCUUUUUUGCCAGCGCUCCUCUAGCUACCGUCGGCGGAGCCCUAGCAGACUUCUUCGGGCCUAUUGAUCGUGGCGUAGCAAUGGUCUUGUUCUCGGCUUCUACAUUCAUUGGACCCGUGAUGGGCCCUAUCUUGGGAGGAUUCAUUACCAUGAGCCAUCUAGGCUGGCGCUGGACUGCAUGGAUUACUUUGAUUAUGGCUGCUCUAUUCGGUGUCAUAGGCUUCUUCGUCAUCCCAGAGACCUUGGCGCCGGUGCUGCUACAGCGCAGAGCGAAGAAGCUAAAGCACCAAACCAAAAACUGGGCGCUACACGCGGAAGCCGAUGAGCACGAGGUCAACUUCAAAGAAAUUGCCGACAAGUACCUCUUGAAACCAUUCAAGAUGUUGAUUAUGGAGCCCAUUCUGGUACUGAUCACGCUGUACAUGUCACUCAUCUACGGCAUCAUCUACGGUUUUUUCGAAGUCUUCCCUAUCUCGUUUCAAGAAGAGCGCGGGUACAAUCUGGGCGUCGGAUCGCUGCCUUUCCUUGCAGUUCUUGUGGGAGUGCUUUUCGGGAGCUCCAUUAUUGUAGCCAUCACCAAAACCCGUACAAAGCGUGUUUUUGCAGAAAAAGGCAUUGUGCCUGAGGAACGCCUUCUCCCGAUGAUAGUGGGCGGAGCAUUAUUGCCCAUUGGACUCUUCUGGUUUGGAUGGACCUCAUCUAAGAACAUCACCCCUUGGCCAGAAAUCAUUGCCGCCGUCCCGAUUGGUGCCGGUGUCAUGAUGAUUUUCCUUCAAGGGCUCAACUACAUCAUCGAUGUGUACAAAAUCAACGCCAACUCCGCGAUUGCAGCAAACACCUUCUUCCGUUCCUGGAUUGGAGCCGGAUUCCCCAUGUUCGCAACCCCCAUGUUUCACAAUCUGGGCGUGAACUGGGCCAUGAGUUUGUUGGGCUUCCUGUGUGUGGCAUUAUUCCCCGUGCCGAUACUGUAUUAUAUCUACGGCGCCAAGAUCAGGAAGUUGAGUAGAUAUACUGCGGAUUGAUGAUGAGAUGUGGUGGAAUGGAGGAUAUGUAUGAUCAAGAAGUAAUGAAUGAGAAAACAGUAUCAGC